AUGGCAUCACUGAUACGAGCAGUAUCAUGGCCUUUGAUUUCCACAUCACCACUCGAGACAGAGAAAGAUUGUGCUGGAAAUACCUUGAUGAAUGGGAAGAAUGGAUCAAAGCACAAGCACGCACUAACAUUUCAGCAACUUAUAGCAGCACGUCGUCUCAUUUGUAGACGUUACUAUCCCGAAGGAAGUUGGGGUUGGGUGAUUGUAUUUGUUGGUGUUGUUGUUAACAUUUUAACGCACGGAUUACAACUUUCCGCAUUUACUUUUCUCAUACCCGCUGGUCAUCGUUUCAAAGUCAACGAAGUCGAAGUUGAUUGUCUGGGUGAGUUGAAGUCAUAA